AUGCGGCGGCGCUCGCGGAUGCUUCUCUGCUUCGCUUUCCUCUGGGUACUGGGCAUCGCCUACUACAUGUACUCGGGGGGCGGCUCCGCGUUGGCCGGGGCCGCAGGCGGCGGCGGCACUGGCAGGAAGGAGGACUGGAAUGAAAUUGAUCCUAUUAAAAAGAAAGACCUUCAUCACAGCAAUGGGGAAGAUAAAGCACAAAGCGUGGAGACCCUGCCUCCAGGUAAAGUUCGGUGGCAGGACUUUAACCAGGAAGCUUAUGUUGGAGUAACAAUGGUCAGAUCUGGGCAGGAUCCCUAUGCCCGGAACAAGUUCAACCAAGUGGAAAGUGAUAAGUUGCGAAUGGACAGAAACAUUCCUGACACCAGACAUGAUCAGUGUCAGCGGAAGCAGUGGAGGGUAGGCCUCCCAGCCACCAGCGUGGUGAUCACAUUUCACAAUGAAGCCAGGUCAGCCUUGCUGAGGACAGUGGUCAGUGUGCUUAAGAAAAGCCCUCCCUACCUCAUAAAAGAAAUCAUCUUGGUGGAUGACUACAGCAAUGAUCCUGAGGAUGGUGCUCUCUUGGGGAAAAUUGAGAAAGUGCGUGUUCUUAGAAAUGAUCGGCGAGAAGGCUUGAUGCGCUCACGGGUCCGUGGGGCUGAUGCUGCCCAGGCCAAGGUCCUGACAUUCCUGGACAGUCACUGUGAGUGCAAUGAGCGCUGGCUGGAGCCCCUCCUCGAGAGGGUGGCCGAGGAUAGAACCCGGGUUGUGUCACCCAUAAUUGAUGUCAUUAAUAUGGACAACUUUCAGUAUGUGGGGGCGUCCGCUGACUUGAAAGGUGGUUUUGACUGGAAUUUGGUGUUCAAAUGGGAUUACAUGACACCAGAGCAGAGGAGAGCCCGCCAAGGGAACCCAGUGGCCCCCAUAAAAACGCCCAUGAUUGCCGGAGGGUUGUUCGUGAUGGAUAAGUUCUACUUUGAAGAACUGGGGAAAUACGAUAUGAUGAUGGAUGUGUGGGGAGGAGAAAACCUGGAGAUCUCGUUCCGAGUGUGGCAGUGUGGUGGCAGUCUGGAGAUCAUCCCUUGCAGUCGUGUGGGACAUGUGUUCCGGAAACAGCACCCCUAUACUUUCCCAGGAGGGAGUGGCACUGUUUUUGCCCGCAACACUCGCCGGGCAGCAGAGGUGUGGAUGGAUGAAUAUAAAAACUUCUAUUAUGCAGCGGUGCCUUCUGCCAGAAAUGUCCCUUAUGGAAAUAUUCAGAGCAGAUUGGAACUUCGGAAGAAGCUUAGCUGCAAGCCUUUCAAAUGGUACCUUGAAAACGUCUACCCAGAAUUAAGGGUUCCAGACCAUCAGGAUAUUGCUUUUGGGGCCUUGCAGCAGGGGACCAACUGCCUCGACACUUUGGGACAUUUUGCUGAUGGUGUAGUUGGAGUAUAUGAGUGUCACAAUGCUGGGGGAAACCAGGAAUGGGCCUUAACAAAGGACAAGUCAGUGAAACACAUGGAUUUGUGCCUUACUGUGGUGGACCGUGCACCUGGCUCUCUCAUAAAGCUCCAGGGAUGCAGAGAAAAUGAUAGCAGACAGAAAUGGGAGCAGAUUGAGGGCAAUUCCAAGCUGCGGUAUGUGGGCAGCAACCUGUGCCUGGACAGCCGCAUGGCCAAGAGCGGAGGCCUGAGCGUGGAGGUGUGCGGCCCUGCCCUGUCCCAGCAGUGGAAGUUCUCACUCAACCUGCAGCAGUAG